AUGACAAUAACAGGAAAAGAUAUUGAAAUGGACUUGAAUGACAGAAUUGAAUUAUCGAGAGAAGAACAAGAUAUUCAAAAUUCAAGUAGUUCAUAUCCUCAUUGUGAAUCAUUCGACCAUAUUGUCACUAUGGAAUCCACGUAUGACUUUCAUCGUCAAAUGGGAUAUGAAGAUCUGAAACGACAUCGAGACGACUAUGACAAUGCAAGUGAGAAGAUUCUGAAAUUGAGAAAACAGUUGACGGAUUCGAGUCUUGAUUCGAAAAAGAGGAAGUGGAUUGAAGAUGAUUUGGAUUCAGUUGUCAGAAAACAGGAAAGUGCAUUAUCAAGGAUCAAAUUGGCCGAGAAGUUAACAAGAAGAGAUAUGAGAAAUGAUCCACCACCAUCAUAUCAACCAGAUGAUCCACUCAAAGAUCUUCGAAGAAAUUCCGAUGGUUUCGACAAGAAAGUGCCAAAAAACGAGAAGAAUGGAGAAGUAAAAUUCAAAUAA